CCAAUAGUAGAUGGAAGUGAAGAUCGAAGUGUUACAUCUGUCGUUACAGUUCGAUUGUUGGUUAUAAAACUGAGAUUAUAGUUUGGGCAAUUCCGAUUAUAGUUGAGAUAUCUAUAGUUUGAAGUACUGCUUUUUAGGUUAGAGUUGAAAAGGAUUAUCGUUGAAGCUUCUAAAAUUAUAGUUCAGUUGAAGAGCGUUUUAAUUGUGGUGACUAGAGUUAUAGCUGUGUUGAAUUAUAGUUCUUGCUACUUGAAUUACGGUUGGAAUCAUAAUUGUACGUACUCCAUUAUUAUAGUUAAGUACGUACUCAAUUAUUAUAGUUGAGAAGUAUUGUACUUUGGGGCCGGUUCAUAAAGUUUCGACAAAAUGGCGUUUUCAACACCAGUGAUUAUAUGGCUAGCAACCACUCUAUUGACGAUGCUGAGCGGAAACAUGAGCCAGCAACUGAACGGCUACAUCAACCCGAUCUGGCUGGAGAGCGACCGCCUGGCUGCAGCCAUCAACAACAUCGAGAGAUCUACCAGUCGACCGCUGCAAGCGCAUGCGCAAGCACAAGCACGUGCGGCUGCAGCAGCCCUGGCUUCAGCUGCAGCUGCCAACCUGAGACUGGAGGCCGCCUUCAACGCCCCAAGACUGCCUUCAAACGACCUCAACUGGCCACAGAAUGGCUUAGACUUAACAGGCCGUAUCCAGAACUACCCGUCUCAGUUGUCUGUGGGUUUCUUCCAAGACCAACCUCAACAACAGCUGUUGGAUGACAUCAAUUACCAGCGACAGUUUUUCUACGACAGGCAACAGCAACCGCCAGUCAUAAGAAACGAGGAUAUUCUACCACUUGGGAGUUCGCCUGCUAUUGUCAAAAGGGUACCAGAACAUGGACAACAACGCUAAGUUAUCUUAUGAGGCAUUUGGACUUCCAGUUGCUUUGAUAAUUUCAGAGUUUCAAUUUAAUUGGAUGAUUUAAAAGUUUAAUUUAAAAUUCCAAAGUUAACUUUAAUAAUUUCAACUAAAUAACAUUGGAAAAAACCAAGAUAAAA